UUUGACAUGUUCAUUAGCCACUACAGUAACGUGAGCACUCCUCCGUGCGUUCACGUCUACAAACUGACGGGUUCUGACAGUGACCCCCUGCACAAAGAGCCAGAGUUCUGGGCGAGCAUGAUGGAGGCUGCAGGUUGCCCGGCUGAUUAUGUCCCUCCUGAGAUAUUCAGCUUCCCUGCUAGUUCCGGUUUCCAGAUCUAUGGAAUGCUGUACAAACCUCACAACCUGAAACCAGGCAAAAAACACCCCACAAUCCUGUUUGUGUACGGCGGCCCACAG